AUGCCAUCUACACGGUUACCUGCGAGCGUACGUUCUAAGUAUCAACACCUCUGUCUCGCCGACAAUAAUUUUGACAUUCCGUCAUGCGUCGACGCGCUAUUCGGCGCCGACAUAUUACCAAGUCUUGUUCGCGCACACGCCGGCGUCGAGCAUCAUUCUGGUCUUCCAUCGGCCUUGGACACUCAACUCGGUGGGAUAGUUUUUGGAUCAUUUGCUACACUGAACUCGUCGUCCUUAUCCACGUUGACUACUGCCGUAAGUCCACCAUCGAUUGGGGAUUUAAUACAGAAGUUUUGGCUGGUCGAAGAACCCGCCGCACCAUCGUCGCCCACCACGGAAGACCAAUGGUGUGAGGACUACUCCAAACGUUCUACCUCUUGUGAUUCGUCUGGUAGUUUUUGCGUCGCGUUACCAUUUCGCGAUUUGUUCGUUCGUGCACCCGUUGACCAAGCAUUGCCGAAUCAUGGUCUUGGUGAUUCUCGGUCUAUCGCGUUGAAACGGUUCUACAACCUCGAGAGACGGUUAUCUAAGGAUUCCGAGCUCUACGUCGCUUAUCGGAAAUUUAUGUCAACAUAUCUAACGCUAGGUCACAUGGCGCCGGCUUCAGAGCCUGGAUGA